AGAAUAAAUCUACCAUUUCCAACAAUAAUAAAAAGUAAGGUUAUUUCUAAAUGGAAAGGGCCGUAAAUUUUGGCAUACAUUUCUUAAAAUUAUCCAAUGAGUUAACGUCCACCGUGUGGAAAGGGUUUAGUACUAUGGGUUCUAGCAAGCUACCUCGUUUAGUUAAGAAAAUAGGCACCCAUAAUGGAAUGUUUCACUGUGAUGAAGCAUUGGCAUGCUUUAUGUUGAAACAACUUCCUGAGUAUGCUGAUGCUGAAAUUGUUAGGACUCGUGAUCCUAAAAUUCUAGACACGUGUGAUAUAGUGGUUGAUGUUGGAGCCGAAUAUGAUCCAAAAAGAAAUAGAUUUGAUCACCAUCAGAAAUCAUUUCAAGAAACCCUUCAUACCAUAAGGCCUGAGUUAACAAAGAACAAGUUUAAUAACAUAAGGUUAAGUUCUGCGGGUUUGGUGUAUGCUCAUUUUGGUUUAGAAAUUCUAAGUGAAAUAUUAGCUCAAUCAAAACUCUGCAAAAAGUUAGCUGAUUCUGAGUGUUUGAAAAACUUAUUCCUUUACAUUUAUGAAGGAUUUGUAGAAGAAUUAGAUGCUAUUGAUAAUGGUGUUCCUAUGUAUCCCGAAGGCAAGCCAAGAUACAAAAUAAACACACAUUUAAGUGCUAGAGUUCAUCGAUUGAAUCCUGCAUGGAACAGUUUGAAUGAAGAUACUGAUCAGUUGUUUGAAAAAGCGGUAGCAUUAGUAGGAUCUGAAUUUAAGGAACAUGUUAUUGAUGGAAUCUCUGUAUGGUGGCCUGCAAGAGAAAUUGUAAAAAAGAGUAUAGAAAAUAGAAAGAGUGUGUAUAAGACUGGUGAGAUUAUGUUGCUGGUAGAUAGGUGUUCAUGGAAAGACCAUUUACACAUCUUAGAAGAAGAAAUGAACAUUUCUGGGGAAAUAAAAUUUUGUGUUUUUCAUGAUAAGACUAGUGAUACUUGGAGAAUACAAGGGAUACCAAUACAGCCUGAUAGUUUCAUAUGUCGAGUCUUUUUGCAUAAAAAUUGGUUGGGAGUACGUGAUGAAGAACUAAGCACUGUUGCAGGAAUUGAAAAUUGUAUAUUUUGCCAUUCAACAGGAUUUAUCGGUGGAAAUAAAACUAAAGAGGGUGCGUUACAAAUGGCAAUACAAAGUUUAAAUGCUGCAUCAGUUGAUAGGGAAUAAAGUUAAUUUUUGUAAUUUAUUAAAAUGCUCUGGAUCUGGAAAUAUUUAUGAAAUGUUGAUGGAACUAUUUCUAUUUUUUUCUUCCUAUAAGAAUAUUGAAAAAAGGAUAUUGAACUGUAGAUAAAGCAAAUGAUGAUAUUUUAUUAUAAGAUCAAAUUGUUAAUUAUCGAUACAUUUUUUUUUGAACUAUACCUUGAAAGCUUAAAUUGUAUAUUGACUUUUUACAUUUACUAAUUGCAUUUAUUUCCUAAUAAAACUUGUGUUUUUGCUGAAGAAAAAUUUUAAAAAGUAUUUAUGAACUAACAUCUAACAUUAAGUGUGAAAAAUUGUAUUACCUAGAUCAUUGGCAUUUUAAUAAAAACUAGACAACUGAGUA